ACCGCCUCCUCUCCUGGUUGUGUGAGUUUCGUACUUGCGAGGUCCUCUAAUGGCGGUUGCGGCGGCUAGAAUGUUGCAGAUCAAGCAGGCGCUCUCCCUUGUGGGUUCCAGCCAGCGACACAACCUUCUACUUUCUAAAGAGUCUUCUUCGAAAUUGUUUCCUUUUGCAUAUUCUUUGUUCAACAGGAGCGAUUACUUUAUUAGAGGGAUCCAGACACAGACAAAUCCGACUAGCCAGGCCCAGGCUAAUAACGAUAGUUUGAAGCCUGUUAAUGAUGCAGCUGAUGUUCCGUCCCGCAUCAGUGGUGACGAUUCUCCUGCAAAGCAUACUGUUAUCUCCAACUUGAAAACGUCCCCAAGGCAUGAUCUUGCCAUGAUCUAUACUUGCAAGGUCUGCGAAACAAGAUCUGUCAAGACAGUUUGUCGCGAAUCAUAUGAAAAAGGCGUGGUUGUGGCACGAUGUGGCGGAUGCAACAAUUUUCACCUCCUUGCAGAUCAUCUUGGGUGGUUUGGGGAACCGGGAAGAGUUGAAGACUUGCUUGCUGCUCGUGGGGAGGAAGUGAAGAAAGGCUCUGUUGAUACUCUGAGUCUAACACUUGAAGAUUUAGCUGGAACAAAAGUUUCCAAAGACUAGAACUUCCAAUGCCAUGUAACAAAUUAUACAUAAGAGCUUUUAGAGUGUUGUGUAAGACUGUAAGCUAUAAAUUUUGUGGCAUAAUCAGGCAUGGAGAGUACUUCUAUGUAUGGUGUUCAACUUCAAUCUGUGUCUUUGGUGUGACGUUCAAUCUCUUACCUUUUUUACUUUGCUUAA